AUGAAUAAAUCUUUGAAGGCUGUUUUAAAAGCGUUGUCUUCAAAUUCCAGGGAAUCCAGGACUCUUUCCAUUGCUUUCAGAUUCUGUAAUAAUUGUAUCCAUUUUGGUGAUUUGCAAGAUCUUCACGGAAACAACAUUACCAUCGUCUACGAAACUGAUUUUCAAGAUUUAUCCAAGCUAAAAAUUUUACAGUUGUCGGAUAACUCUAUACGAACGUUCGAAAAAGGCGCUUUUCAAGAUUUAGUAAAUUUAGAGAGACUACGACUUAAUGGCAACGCUAUACGACACAUUCCGGAAAAUUUAUUUUCCACCGUGCCUAAUUUAUUUCGUUUAGAUCUAAGUCACAACCAAAUAUCUGUUAUUGGAAGAAAAACUUUUCGUGCAGUUCAGUCUUUAAGAAACUUACAACUUGACAAUAACAAAUUAACAUGCAUCGACGACAAUGCGUUGAAGACCCUGAAGGAUUUAGAAAUGUUGACUCUCAACAACAACAACCUGACAUGGCUGGGCAAGGACAUGUUCAGCAACAUGUUUCGACUACGAGUACUUCGCUUGAGCGACAAUCUAUUCCAUUGCGAUUGUCAGUUAUCCUGGCUCGCGCGAUAUCUCAGACAUUCGCCGAGACUUGCCCAAUACACUCGUUGCUACUCGCCGAGCCAUCUCAAAUCGCAGGCUUUAGUCGAUCUUCAAGACCACGAAUUCAAAUGUUCAGGUUUAGUGGAAAGAGCAAUCAGCGGCGAAUGUAUUAGUGAACCGCAAUGUCCUCAUCCAUGCAGAUGUGCCGAUGGAAUAGUGGACUGCAGAGAAAAAGGCUUGACUAAUGUUCCUGAUCAUUUACCAGAUGGAAUUACCGAAGUACGUUUUGAACAAAACGAAAUCGUCGAGAUACCACCUAAAGCGUUCGUCGUUCACAAGAGAUUACGAAGAAUAGAUUUAAGCAAUAACAAAAUUUCUAAAAUCGCCCCAGAUGCAUUCCAAGGACUAAAAGCAUUAACAUCCCUUGUAUUGUACGGGAACAAAAUUAAAGAUUUACCGGCUGGAGUCUUCCAAGGACUAGUGUCGCUACAAUUACUGUUACUAAACGCUAACGAAAUAUCCUGCAUAAGAAAAGACACUUUCUAUGACUUGCAUAGUCUCAGUUUAUUAUCUCUCUACGACAACAACAUUCAAUCAUUGGCCAAUGGCAGUUUUGAUUCUCUUAGAAGUAUCCAAACACUUCAUUUAGCCCGUAAUCCUUUCAUAUGCGACUGCAAUCUAAAAUGGCUGGCCGAGUAUCUACAUCGAAAUCCCAUCGAAACGUCAGGAGCAAGAUGCGAAACCCCGAAAAGAAUGCAAAGGAGAAGGAUAGAAUCGUUGAAAGAUGAAAAGUUUAAAUGUAAGGGUCAAGAAGAAUUUAGGACAAAAUAUGCAGGUGAAUGCCUUAUCGACAAUGCAUGUCCUGCAGGAUGCUCCUGUGACGGAACGAUUGUGGAUUGUUCUGGAAAAGAGCUCAAAGAAAUACCGAGAGAUAUUCCGCUUUAUACCACUGAACUAUUACUGCACGAUAAUGAUUUAGGAAGAAUAAAAUCUGAUGGUCUCUUUGGAAGAUUGCCAAAUUUAAUAAAAUUGGAUUUAAGGAGAAAUCAAAUUACUGGCAUUGAAGAAAAUUCCUUCGAAGGAGCUUCAAAAAUUUCAGAAUUAUUACUUUCUGAAAACAAGUUAUUAGAAAUCCACAACAAAAUGUUCUUGGGUCUUCAUCAUUUGAAAGUGCUGUCUUUAAACAACAAUCAGAUUACAUGUGUUAUGCCAGGAUCUUUCGAUUUUCUACAGUCUUUACACACCCUGAACCUGGUCCAGAAUCCAUUCAUUUGUAAUUGCCACUUGGCUUGGUUCUCUGAUUGGCUUAAAAAUAAAGGCUUGAGUGGUACACCACCAAGAUGUGCCAGUCCAGACAGAGUUAAAGACGUCUUGAUUAAGGAGCUGCCGAAAAUGGAGUUCAAAUGCUUAAGUGAAAGUGACCAAGGUUGUUUAGGCGAAAACUACUGUCCACCGAUGUGCUCUUGUACCGGAACUGUAGUCAGGUGUUCUAGAGCAAAACUAAAAGAAAUUCCACGUGGUAUACCACCCGAAACGUCUGAGCUGUAUUUGGACUUCAACGAUAUCGAUAGAAUACAAGGAGACAGAAUUAAACACUUGAAAUCAUUGACGAGAUUGGAUUUAAGCAACAACAGAAUUGCAAUGCUUUCGAAUGAUACAUUCACAAAUCUCUCAAAAUUAUCGACUUUAAUAAUUAGCUACAAUAAAUUACAAUGUAUCCAAAGGGACUCCUUACAAGGAUUGGUAUCUUUAAGGAUUUUAUCCCUUCAUGGUAAUCAGAUUUCCCUUAUUCCCGAAGGCACCUUCUCAAAUUUAAAAUCCAUCAGUCAUAUUGCUCUUGGAGCAAACCCAUUAUACUGCGAUUGUACUCUAAAAUGGCUAUCAGAUUGGGUCAAAGUGGAUUAUGUGGAACCAGGAAUAGCACAUUGCGCGGAACCACCUCCAAUGAAAGACAAAUCAAUUCUAUCGACUCCAUCUUCUUUCUUCGUUUGUAAAGGGAAAGUCAGCAACGACAUAUUGGCGAAAUGCGACGCGUGCUAUACAUUUCCUUGCCAAAAUGAAGGGAAAUGCCUCACCAUGUCUGAAGGAGACUACCACUGCAAAUGCGCCCCCGGAUAUCACGGCAAAAACUGUGAAUUUAUGAUCGACGCUUGUUACGGCAACCCCUGCCGUAACAACGGAACCUGUAAAGUGCUUGAAGAGGGGAGGUUCAGCUGCCAAUGCCUCCCAGGGUUUAGUGGGAUGCGAUGCGAACACAACAUCGACGACUGCCUCAACAACAAAUGCCAAAACAACGCCACCUGCGUCGACCUCAUUUCCAACUACCAGUGCAAAUGCCCCGCUGGAUUCAUGGGUGACUACUGCGAGCGAAAAAUUCCCUUUUGUACUGAACAAUAUAACCCUUGUAAAAAUAACGCUCGUUGCGUUGAUCACGAUCGUCAUUACACUUGCGAGUGUCUACUUGGUUUUAAGGGCGAGAACUGUACCAUCAACAUCAACGAUUGUGAGAACCACAUGUGCCAGAACGGAGGUUCGUGUGUAGAUGGUGUAAACGAGUAUUUCUGCAAAUGUGUAGGCGAAUACAGUGGAAAAUUCUGUGAAAUAACCCCCUUCGUUUCGAUGAUGUACCCUCAAACGUCUCCCUGUCAACAUCACGAUUGUGUCCAUGGCGUUUGCUUCCAACCAUCGGGAUCCAAUGACUAUAUCUGCAAAUGUGCACCCGGAUAUUCAGGAAAAAGAUGCGAGUAUCUCACAAGUUUGAGUUUUGUCCACAACACAUCUUAUGUCGAACUUGAACCCCUCAGAACUAAACCAGAAGCUAAUGUGACCAUAAUUUUUGCUACAAAACAAGAAAAUGGUAUACUUGUAUAUGACGGUCAUCAAGAACAUUUAGCGAUUGAACUGUUUAACGGUAGAAUACGUGUCAGUUACGAUAUUGGUAACUAUCCGGUAUCAACAAUGUACAGUUUUGAAAUGGUGGCAGAUGGUGAAUACCAUAUAGCAGAACUGAUAGCUAUUAAAAAGAACUUUACCUUGAGAGUUGAUAGAGGUUUAGCUAGAAGUAUAAUAAACGAAGGCUCUAAAGAGUUUUUGAGGUUAACGACACCGAUGUACUUGGGAGGAAUACCUUCAGAAGCUGGACAUGAAGCUUUUACCCAAUGGCAUUUGAGAAAUUUGACCAGUUUUCAUGGUUGCAUGAAGGAAGUUUGGAUCAAUCAUAAACCAGUAGAUUUCGGUAACGCUCAGACCCAACUCAAAGUCCAACCAGGCUGCGGAAUCAUAGAUCAAGACCGCGAAGAAGAGGAACAAGAAGACGAGAUGGAAGGUAUGAUCGGGGAACCGCCUAGUCCGCCGGAUCCAUGCCUGAGUAACCAUUGCAAACACGACAGCAAAUGCAUUCCUACUAAAAACGGAGAAUACAUGUGCAAAUGCAGACCAGGCUUCAAAGGAAAAUAUUGCGAACAAGGUGAGGAGGAGUCUCCAACUUGUAGAAAAGAGCAAGUUAGAGAACAUUAUUCGGAACAUGGAUGUCGAUCAAGAAAACCUUUAAAAAUGGCAAAAUGUGUCGGUAGCUGCGGCACCAGCUGCUGCCACGCAAGAAAGAGUAAAAGGCGAAAGGUCCGUCUGAUAUGCAACGACGGCACCCGAUACACCAAAGACAUCGAUAUUGUGCGUAAAUGCGCGUGCACCAAGAAAUGCUACUGACUGACAGACGCCGCUAAUCACAAUUCUAACGCCCAAUCAUCAUCAAUUUUAUUCGAAACGCCCCUAACCGAGACCGUAUACGUGGACGACGAAGAUAAUCAACCCAUCCACGCCCCAAUGACCCAGGACUUCGAACCUGAACCAGCUACAAACCAACCCUACAAGCUGUCGUUCUACUAUGAGGAUGAGAAAAGUAAUAAAGAGAGGAACAUGCAGAAUGAUUCUCCGCAGCAUGAUGCGGAGAGGGAAUAUGAUGGACUUGUCGUGCAAAGCUAUGAUAGUGCUUUUGACGGAAACAAGGCAGCUAGAUUUGGAAAGGACCUAAACGAGCACGGCACUGGCUGUAUGCUCUCUGCUUUCCUCUACUUUGUAACAAUUACAUCCCUCGUGUACUUGGCCAUAUUGUGGAUCAAGCAACGAAUGCACGUACACGUAGAGCAGCUACAGUGGUGGUAGUACUGCGCCCCACUAUCUAGGAUAUUUCAAUUAAAAAGACAUCCUUUAUUCGAAGUGUUUAUAUGUUUACAGAAGUUGCUGCAUAGGUGGAGUUAAAUUUAAGUUACAGGAAUAUUUGAUCUCAUUUUUUUAAUUUAUUAAGAAGCAGUUUUCGUUUAUAGUGUUCUGUAAAACUUAGGAUUAGACUAAGUUUAUUGUGGCGUUACAAAAUUCCGUAGUUUAUCAUUGUCAACUGUCAUUGUUUGACUUUACUGAAUGUCAACCUAUAAAAGCAACUUCUUGUAUAAGAAUUAUAUAUACAAUGAUUAUUUAUAUAUUAUAUUUAUAUAAAAGUUGCAUGUUUAGUAAAAAAAAACUUCAAAUAAUUGCAUGUCAAUCCUAAUAUAGUACUAUUAUUUGUACCUUGAUUGUGAUUCUUACUUUAUUUAUUAAUAAUUUUAAUUACAGGCGAUCCCUAAACAAUAAAAUCCAAAGUAUUGUGAUGAAAUAUUUUUAUCCCAGUAGUUUGAAAAAGUUUUUGUGAUACCUGAUUUAAUGAACCCAAAUACGACAAAUAAUAAUAUAUAGUUAAUAACAAAUCCCGAAACAGACUGUAAUAAAUAUACAAAUAACCCUGAUGAUGUUAGAAUUGUGACUAGCGGCGUUUACCCCUUGACCUUACAAAAAAAUAACAAGGUUAAAAAUUAGAUUAGUUUUUAUCGUGUAAAACACAGCCAUCUUUCGAGGCGGUAUCAAGAAAUUUUGUGCUUAUAAUUUUUCAAGUAAUAUAAGUAUCUAUAUACUUCAAUGUUAUCACGCAUUUUACCUAUUAAUUAAACAAAUAUUAACGAAUUUCAACUUUUUUGCUUAGAAUUAGAAAUCUUUAAACAAAAAGUUUAUUUACACCACUCAUGCCCGAAGAAAGUGCGGGAAUUUCGAAUCUAGUAAUUUUACAAACAACUUAUUUUCUGUCUCCUUAUCCUCACUCUAACUACAACUGUUGGGUUGGCUACAAUCAGCCUAAUUAUUGUUGGCUUUCUUAAGUUUGGCGAUAUUUUAGUCUUUUCAGAUGAGCCUGUUUUAUAAAUGAUAUUUCACGAUUAAUUUACUUUUUUUAUUAGCUUAUCCUCCUAGUUAAAUAUUUUUAAAUAAUUUAAAUAUUUUCGUUAGGAAGAAUUUUACUACCUUUUCAUUUAUUCUACUUAUUUGUUAUGUUGCAUUCUUCUCUCUAGUUUUGUACAUUAUUUCAAUUUUUCUUUACUUCUUUAUUUUGUUUUGUCACUUCAUAGACAUCUCAUUUCUACUUAAUUUUUCCUAUCAAUUUUGUAAUAAUAGUUCUCCAUGCUUCCACUUCAUUUAAAUAUUGCUAGAUAUUAUUACUUGUAUUCUUAUUUCUUUAGAUUAUUCUUUCUUCAAACGAGUACAAUGAAGAAUACAAAUUCUGCCUUUAUUGUUAUUAUUAGGUAACUAAGGUCACUGGUAUAUACACUAAUUUCAUCAUUUAUUUAGAAAGAAUAGUAUGUUAAUAAAAAAAACAUUAAAUUCAAAACUUAUUGAUUAAUAAUUUUAAAUUACAUCUACAUGCCUAAAUUUCUUGGAUACUGCUUCCAGUAUUAAUAAAAACGUUUCCUUACAUGAAAGUAUUUCAUUUAUACGAUCAAAUAAACUUUAUUAUAAGAAUAUAGAAUAAAAAACAUUUUAUAACUGUAUAUAAAAAGUAUAUAGGACGAUUGAAAUGACACUUUUAUAUUUAUGCUGGUAUUUUAUUAAUUCAAAUGGAUUUGUCUAUUGUUACCAUUUUAUUAAACGAUUAUUUUCAGUCGUCCUUUAUAUUGGUAGACAUAAGUUAAUAGUAAAUUUGUACAAUUUAGCAAGAAAUUCUAUUUUAUUUUAUUUACUAUGUAGGUAAUAUGAAAAACUCAAUAAUAAUUUUCAAGCAUUUUAUUCAAUAAUUUUACUCUUUAAUCUUUAAUAAACUGGUAAAAAUUGUAAAUAUG